AUGGUUCAAUCACAGGAGAGCUUCAUGUUCACGGUGGGGAAGCUGGAUGCUGGGAUGGCUAUCUUGUUGGGGGAGCGGGCCCACCUAAUAGAGUUCCCGUCCUUGCUACUACCACCCGGAGCGACGACAGGCUCCAUAGUCAACAUCUCAGUACAGCGCAACACCACCGAAGAGAAGAGACGCGACACGGACUUUUGGAAUCUGCAGAAUGACGUCCUACAGACAUAUGGCACCAAGUCUCCCGAGAACCCGAAGCUGGAGGUACGGAACGUCACGCAGACGUCCGUAACACUAGAAUGGCCAACCCUCAAACUCGCCACUGCGAAGCUGCGUUCCCUCGACAUCUACCGUAAUCGCCAACGCCUCGCUGCCAUCCCGUCCCCCCUCACCAACACCUCCACGAAGCUCUCCGGUCUCCAGAUCGACACCGAGUACACCUUCCAGCUCGUCCUGCGCACCACCGCGGGCGUGUUCCCGUCUAACAUCCUCCGCGUGCGCACGCACACCAUGACCGACACCUCGGGCAUCUGCGUGUGCUUCGGGAACUUGCAGGACCCCGUCCUGCUCGAAAACUCAAAGAUGGCGCUGCAGGAGAUGGGCGCGAAGUGGAGCGAGAAGAUCGAGAUCGAUACGACGCACUUCGUGUGCACGACCCCCGCCGCGACGCCUACCGGCGCCGCGGCGUCGGGGGGCCUCACCACCGCGCCGGGCGUAGAGUACCAAAAGGCGCUGCAGCUCAGCAUCCCCGUCGUGCAGCCGCAUUGGAUCCUCGCGUGUCACUCCGCGAAGAAAAUGGUGCCCAUCCACCCAUACUACCUCGGCGCAACACCACCCGCGCCCACGCAGCUCUCUCGGCCACAGUCCAUGUCCCAAGCGAGCCUCCCGCGCGCCCACAGCGCGUCGCCCUCACAGCAACAGCACCCCACCCGCGCCGCGAACCGGCAGUCCAUGCCUCCACAGCGCGUCUCGUCCGCCUCGCCGCCCGCCGCGACGGCCCCGCACAGGUUCGAGCCGAUGCCAGAGGAGCAGGAGGAGAGCGAGGAACUGAACGUGAGCCGCUCGCCGGGACACAUACGCAAGGGCACGAUGACGAAGAACUUUAAGUUUCCCCCGCCUGCGCAGUCCCAGCCCCCGCCGCCCGUCCCGCCCGUGCCCAAGGAGCGUGCGCCGACGUCGCCGCCACAACAGAAGGAGUCGGCCUCCCCGCGGCCUGACGUGCAGACGCCUAAAGAGGCGGCGGACCCGCCUGAUAGCGCACCGCCUGUGUCGGCUGGCCGCCGGGAAUCGACGGAGGAAGCAAAGCUGUCGCCCGUACCGGUCAUCACGCCGUCUGUCGUCGAGGUUCCGCCACCACCACCUGUGGACAAGGAGCUCGCCCCGCAUAUUCCGGAGGGGGACGAUGAUCUUGGGGAGACGGAAGAGAUUUCGUUGAACUGA